AUGGUGUCCAUUAAAUUAAAUUCGUUUGGUUUAUUAUUUUUAUUCGCGAACGUUUUUAAUGAAAUCUCCGGUCAAGCUGCAGAUUUAGAUGAUUGGAUAAAGCAACUCCACUUUUCCAACGAAUCUAGAGAAAUGUAUUAUGUGAAUAAAGCAUGCGAGGAAAAAAAUAUGAGAUUAGUCGUUUUGGACACCGUGGAAAAGAACGAAGCCAUCAAAAAAUAUCUCCUUCAACAAAAUAACGAAGAGCAAUAUUGGAUCGGUUGCAGAAGAAAGGAUCUAAAUGGAGAAUAUUCCAUUAGCAACGCCUUCCGUUGGGCUAGCGGCGGAAGAUUGAACUUAUACCAAUACUUUGCUCCAGAUAGGCCGAAUAACAAUGUCAAAAAUCUCCUGAGUAAUUUGAGAUAUUACUUGUCUAUAAAAAUGAAGGGAGACCAAUUGCUGUGGUUUGACACGCCAAACAGUAGAAGUUGGUUUUACAUAUGCGAACCGAAAACAGUGAAAACAGAACCACCAAUACCAGAGCCUGAAAAUAAAUAUGGAUUUACAUUUACAAACUACAUGACGAAAUCGGUUAGAAAUGUCUUGAAACAAUGCAAAGCGGAGAACAAUGAUGAACCGUUAUUUAUCGACAGCAAAGAAAAACAAGAUGCCUACACUAAAUUAAAGAAAGAAACCGACGAUAGAAUUGCUUACCCUCUCGCCAUACAAAGAGCUGACAAGAACUCCCCCUAUACUUACUAUUACAACUCCAACAUUACGCUGAAUUUCACCAACUGGGCCAAAGGUCAACCCAGCAAAAAUGCCAAAGAAUUGUGCGCCGUUAUUGUUUAUUAUCCCGCAACAAACGAGGCGAAAUGGAAAAGCCGCAAUUGCUAUCAAUACGAAUUCGCAGCCUGUCAACGUACAGCAAUUACUGCAGCAGCAACAACUGAAGCAGCAACUACUGAAGCAGCAACUACUGCAGCAGCAACUACUCAAGCAGCAACUACUGAGGCUACAACAGAAGAAGACGAGUGGGUGAAGAGCCUCUAUUUCUCGAGAGAAACGGUUUUCCUCCGACAAUUUGGACAGCAAGAAUGCGAAGACAAAAAAAUGAGAAUGGUCGUUCUUGAUACUGAGAAAAAGAACGAGGCGGUAAGGAAAUAUAUGGAGAAGAACGGAAUCAAGAUGCAAUUUUGGAUAGGUUGCCAGCGGAUUCACAACGGUGAAAUCGGCGUUAAUUAUGAAUUUCGUUGGGAAACGGGGUCCAGAUUAAAUAUUUACAAAUAUUUCGCUAAGGACAGACCGAAUAAUAAUCAAGGCAAUUCCCUGUCCCGAGCAAGGACUAAUAUUAACAUAAGAAGGAAUAAAGACGGUAAACUAGUUUGGUUUGAUGAAGAAAGUUCUUCGAAAAAGGGUUAUAUAUGCGAACCAACAACAGUAAAAACAGAACCACCAAUACCUGAACCAGAAAAUAGAUACAACUUCACAUUCACCAAUUAUCAGACUAAAGAUAUGGUAAACGUCUACAGCUCGUGCGAGAAACAAAAUAAACAAGUACUUAACAUCGAUAGUAAAGAGAAAGCAGAAGCUUUCAAAAAUUUUAAGAAGGCAAACGACGAUAGCCUCAGAUAUCCAAUUGCUAUAAGCAGAGUCGACGAGAAUUCCGAGUACACCUAUUACAACACUAACAAAAAAAUUGAUUAUUCGAACUGGGACAAGGGCCAGCCCAGUAAAAAAAGUAAUGAAUUAUGCGCUACAGUUCAGUACGUUCCUAACAGUGAUGAUGUGAAAUGGAAGAGCGUUGAUUGCAAAAUUUUCCACUUCAUUCCAUGCGAAAACAAAGCGGAAAUUCCGAAAGUACCGACCUCGAACCCUUGUUCAGGAGGCAUUAAUGGCAAUGUCAACGCCCAAGCUGGUGGUGUUGGAGCUAACGGUAGUGUUGGAAUCGAUUGUAACUUAGCAAUUCAAGGAGGAAUCAGUGGUAAUGCUGGAGGACAAGCAGGUAUUGGUGGAGCUGGAAAAGGAGGAAUAGGUGCUGGAAUAGGUGCUGGAGGACAAGCAGGUAUAGGUGGAGCUGGUAAAGGAGGAAUAAAUGGAAGUGCUGCAGGAACAGGAAGUGCUGGAGGAAAAGAAAGUACCGGUGGAGCUGGUAAAGCAGGAAUAAGUGGAGGUACCGGAGGAAAAGGAAGUAUCGGUGGAACUGGCAAAGGAGGAAUAAGUUUAGGUGCUGGAGGACAAGCAGGUAUAGGUGGAGCUGGUAAAGGAGGAAUAAGUGGAAGUGAUGGAGGAAAAGGAGGUGUUGAUGGAGCUGGUAAAGGAGGAAUAAGUGGAAGUGCUGCAGGAACAGGAAGUGCUGGAGGAAAAGAAAGUACCGGUGGAGCUGGUAAAGGAGGAAUAAGUGGAGGUGCCGGAGGAAAAGGAAGUAUCGGUGGAACCGGCAAAGGAGGAAUAAGUUUAGGUGCUGGAGGACAAGCAGGUAUAGGUGGAGCUGGUAAAGGAGGAAUAGGUGGAGGUGCUGGAGGAAAAGGAAGUAUCGGUGGAACUGGCAAAGGAGGAACAAUCGGAACAUUUAAAGCUUCGACAGAAACACAAAAAAAGAAGACUUGUUCGGGCAAAAAUAAAACGAAAGGCAAAGGUACCGCAGGAAUCAAUGUAGUUUUUAUUAAUAUUGCAGGAUAUAAUGCUCCUUCAUAG